AUGGGCGUCUCAAUCCCCACCCGCGGGCUCAUCCCCGCUCACGCAUCCUCCAAAUCUCCAUCAACACCACCCGCCGAAGAAGACCCCCAAUUCCCAGGCACGAUAACAACAUCACCCAACCGUCUCGACACCCUUGAUCUCACCCACCCCAUCCUCCGCUUCUCCUUUCCAACAGCCGCAGCACAAACCGCCUUCCACCAUGCCUUCCCCCAACUACGCACACCGCGCGAUCGCGCCGCCUUCAUGGAGCGCUACUUCGACAACUACGAGGGCGUAGUUGAUAUACCGCGUCGUAUACACAUGGACACUAGUAAUGACGAGGAGAUGGCGCGGCGGCUGGCUGAAGAGGAGGAGGAGCGGCUGAGGGGUGAUGUGCGAGAGAUGGCGGAGGGCGAUGAGAAGAUGGCGAGGGAGUUACAGGAGGGUUUGGGGGUGGAGAUGGAGACGGAGGGGGAUGAGGCGUUGGCGGCGCGGUUGGAGGAGGAGGAGGAGGAGGAGCGGGAACGACUGCAACGGGAGCAAUAG